UGGUUUCUGCAUUCAUUGUUCCAUUGAUUCUAAAUAAAAAAUAAAAAUAACAUGUUUUACUUUGAUGUUCACACAAGACCAAGAAUUGGAAGUGAUAUCAGAAGGUUUGGAUACAUUGAAAAACAUGGCCCAUGAUUUGAAUGAGGAAAUGGAUAGGCAAGUUCCUUUAAUGGACGAGAUUGACACUAAGGUCGACAAGGCGGCAUCUGACCUUAAAAACACCAAUGUGAGACUUAAGGAUACUGUUAACCAGCUGAGGUCCAGUCAAAAUUUUUGUAUUGAUAUUAUACUAUUGUGCAUAAUUCUUGGGAUUGCCGCUUAUCUAUACAAUCAUUCUGAUGGUUGUUGUACCUGCAGUGUAUUGAAGAAUUAAGAUGAUCAAUGGGCUACUGUUUCUGCUUGUGAUAUUGGCUUUGUCUGGUAUUGUUUUGCAUUGAUUGAGGCCUUGUUAUGUGCUUAUUUUGGAGAUGAUUUUUUUUGCCUACUGUGUGUAUGUCUUUGCUCAUACUUUUGACUACUGUUUCUAUAUCUUUGUCUUUCAAAUACAACUUUUGGUACAUCAGACAUUUAUGUAUUAAUAAUGUAUAUUUGUUCCAGCUUUCAUUUUGUCUCCUUAAUUUAAGGUAUUAUAAUUCUGUGCAUAUGAUUAAUGUUGUUG